GGGGAUCAGGCGGCGGGCGCUACGGGACGCCUGUCUGCUGGCCCUCAUCGUUCUAUUGGAGAAGAGAGGGGAGGCGGGACCUUCACGCCUUUGCUCACCUGCCAUUGGGUGAAGAAGAGGCAGGAGGCGGGCUCCGGAGCCGCUCCCUUUAUAGGCUGGGGCGGGCUUUAGCAGCCGCCUCUUUGGAUCGCCGCUCUUCAUUCGCUGAGGAAUCGCUAGUGGGCGGGGAAAUCCCGGUGGCUCCCGGUCUCCCAUUGGCAGAGGGCGCCAGUUCCGCCUCGCUCUUCCUGCUUCCGGUUCACGGGGCGGGCGAGGGGUGCCGGCCGGUGCCGCAGAGGAGGCCGGUGCCGUCCGGUGCUGUCCGCGCCUGCGGUCCCCGGGCCGCCCCGCCACCGCCGGGCACGCAGCAUGUGAUGCCCGUGAGCCCCGGAUCGCUCUUCCAUAGAAGCGGACGAACCUGUGCCCGUGCCCGUGCGCGGUGGGGGGAGGCCGGGCGGGGCGGUGGCGGCAGCAGGAUGUCAUCACCUUGCUGUACCUCUGCUGUGCUGAUAGUCUUUGUGGCCUUUGCUGUCAGCGUGGGGGCUGAACAGUUGAAAGAGAGGAGCUGUGAUGUGAUUGGUGAUGAAAGCAGUGAGUCGCAAACAGAAAAAGCCCUGCUGAAGAAGCUGGAGCCCCUGAGCCAAAUGAGGUUUAACGUGACUGUGGAGAAAGGGAAAACGGAAAACUAUGUCUACAGUUUCAGGGUAUGCAGGGAGGUUAACAGCACCUUGCACGAUUUUGGUGGCUUGGUACAAACAGAUAGACAGAAUGGAAAGACCACAGUGAUAGGAAGAAUCAAUGAAACCCAGGUCUUCAAUGGAAGUGACUGGAUCAUGCUGAUUUAUAAAGGAGGUGAUUCAUAUGGCAGGCACUGCAGUGGUGAAAAGAGAAGAGCUGUGAUAAUGAUUUCUUGCAAGCGGGGUGUUACAGCGAGUUCAUUCAGCAUUAUUUCAGAAGAGCGGGAAAAAGAACAGGACUGUUUCUACCUCUUUGAGAUGGACAGCAGUGUGGCUUGUCCAGCGGAGGAUUCCCACCUCAGUGUUGGCUCCAUUCUACUGAUCACGUUUGCUUCACUGAUUGCAGUCUACAUCAUUGGUGGGUUCCUCUACCAGCGCCUUGUAGUGGGAGCAAAGGGCAUGGAACAGUUUCCUCACUUUGCCUUCUGGCAAGAUCUGGGCAAUUUGGUGGCGGAUGGCUGUGACUUUGUCUGCCGAUCUAAGCCUCGAAAUGCACCAGCUGCAUACCGUGGUGUGGGUGAUGACCAGCUGGGUGAGGAGUCAGAAGAACGGGAUGACCACUUGCUACCAAUGUGAUAGGCUUUCAACACUGAGUUCUUUUCUCCCCAUCUCCCCAGUGCUUGUUUAGCUGGGUGCCUCCCAGACAGUUCUUCUCUCACUUCUGAUUUUCUUUACACUAUUUGCUUUUGCUGUCUCUGGUGCGUCAAGUCCCAUGGAUGCCUCUGGGUGUAAACAGCACUGGUCCCUGAUGGCAUGUCUUAUGAAUAUAAUGCUGGUUUAGGUUUUUUUAAAUGCAGCAGAGGUGGGGGGGCAAAAAUGCUGAGAGUGGAGUAGAAGACAGCAAGAAAGCAAUUCAGCACUGAGCAGGUGGGAGACUAAUCACUGAAAGGGGAAAAGGGCUAUGGGUGGGUAUGGAAAGGGGAAGGAAAAAGAGGCCAUGGGUUAAAACAGCUGGGACUGUAGGAGAAAUCUUUCGUGCUUUUUUUUUUUUUUUUUUUCUCCUGCUAGGGUUUACAGGAUCUGUAAGACACUGGAAUUAUUUUCCUUUGACUGCAUUUUCAGCUUUUCUAGCUUUUGCACUCUUACGCACUGUUUCUGCCAGCACAACCUGCAGAGUGCUCUACACCAGGCUCCAUGGGGCUGGAAGAGGCAUUAGCACCUCUGCAGUCUUUUCCUAAUGGCAGUAUGUUGAAGAGUACACACCAGUUUCCUUCAACAAAUGUAAAGGGAUGCAUGCCAUCCUCUCAAGACUGGAGAGGGGUGAUGCUAAAAAACUAUAGGAGUUAAAUACAGUCUUGCGACUUUUCAGUUCAGUCAAAAUAUUGUCUCUGUCUUCUCAAUCACUGAGAAGCAAAAGGAAAUGAUGUGCUGCUAAGUAAAGGGAACAUUUGCUGAAACUGAAACUGGCAUCAAGGCAAAAUGAGAUGGGCAGCUGCCACUUGAGUUCUGUUACAAACCUCCCAAGGUGACUGCCCACAUGGCUCAGUCACUGUCAGCAUUGUGAUUUUAUGCUCUCCCAGUUGGCAGAGGGUUUUUCCGUGAAGCUACCAGAACUUAUUUUUAUAAAAAAGGAAGCCAAGGAUUAAAAACUGCAUAAGGGAUUCUUGCCCUUAGAUGGUCAGUUUUCAUAAAUAUUAAGCAUGGUGCAGACUAGUCUUAAGACACUUGCCCUGUGCAGAUGGUAUUUACAUACUGCUACUGGCUGGGAGUGACAGACCUUCUCAUGGGGCCCUGUCAAAAGCAGGUACAGCUGAGUUGUAAGACUUAAUGGGAAUGUUCAGGAACUUGGCACCUUGAGUAGUAAUUGCUUUUUGAGGGGCUUAUACUCUAAGGAAUCCCAUUCAGCCCUGUUGUAGACUGACAAGAGAAGUGUCCUCAGUCUUGAGGGCAGACUGUAAGCAAGCCACUACUGUUAGCAGCAGCAUAAAGACAAGGUUUGUGUAUUUUUAAUACUGCCAAAGCAGUCUGAACAGUAACAUUGAGGGAAAAGGGGUGGCCCUGCUUUGUUGCUGGGUUUAGAGUCAGCAAAUAAUUCCUGCUUUCUUUGACUUUUUGUUAUGGUCUCAAUCCUAUAACAUGGGAAAAAAUAGGAAGUCACUAAGUCUGUUGUUACUGUUUUUCAUGGUGGUGUUUAAGGUAAUUUUUUUUUUGUACAAAACAACUUUCAAAAAUAAAAUGACCAAAAAACCUGG